CAAUAUUCCCCGAGCGAAUACGCAAGCCUUUUGAUCCUUGAAAGCUAAUAUAUGCAGCGAAGUCUCGGCGUUCGUUAAGAGCGCGCUUGCGCAAUUAAACAGCGUGUGCGCGACCCCUUGUAUUCGAUCCUUUUCAGUGAUUAAGUGCACUGUGCACUGCAGGAAAACCGUACUCUCUGGACUCUGUUAAUAAGUUUAGCACCUCUUUGAAUAUCUAACAGUUCUUUGUGCUCCUGUGUUGAAAAUCCACCAGGUACGGGAAGCGGUGAUGGUGAAGAUUCUACUUUUGAUCGGAGCCCUGUGCUCGAUGACCGUUACUAGUACAGGUUAGUGUGUGUUCGAACCUAUUGUAAAUAAGCGUGUCAACUAUUUUGGUAGUUCUCUACUAAACGGUUUUUUUCUGUUAAAUGGUGGCCGCUCAUAGGUGUCAAAUUUCCAAAAUAUUCAUACCUUAGCUCAAGAUCUGUGCGAUUACUCUAGCACGGGAAAGCCGUGUCGAAUUUUCGUUUCUUAUGCCACACCUUGACAAGAUGUGAAUGAUUUGAAUUUCGUUUCUUUGGAACACUGAGCAUUCAUUUUAUCGCCGCGAUUGCUGUUGUGCGGCAGAGGCAAGACCAAGCUAGGACCCCAGGAGUCCAUUCGCGUUUGAUUUGAAAUUUGAGCCCUAAAAUCUGACUGAAAUCUCCCUUAGUCUUUUAUCACACUCUCUCGACCCUUAACGAUCGGAAUAAUGCACGUUCAGCAUUACAAUCAAGAAUUUAACUUUUUCUCAUUACAGUAUCCAGGAGGUUGCUGUAGCGAGAACGUACUGCUUUGUUUGACGAAGCAUACUGUACAUCUUCACAGGGUGUAUAUUUCUCAUUUUUCGCCCACUGCGAAACUUUCGAGUGAUUCAAUGCUAAAACGCUGCGAUCAGAAAUUGAAACUCAGCGCGUCAACCGAAUUUAUCGCAGCUCUUUGUCUUGCUUCAAAUAAACCGCUUAAAACAAUCGUAAGGUUAGAGCGAAGUCAAAUGUUUGUGUUCGCUUUCUUUGGCCCUUAUUUAGUGGACGAAGACAGUCGUUUUGAAACAAAUUUUCGCAGUGAUAGUUUAGGGGUGCACUUCUGAUCAUGUAAUAACUUCGCUAGGAACUUGUUUUUAAUUUUUGUGGCCGAUACAAGUUUACCAGUUAUGCAGGAGUCGUCUAAAGGUAUUCCUUGCGGAUUGUGCAACAUUGUGCUUUUGUUUCUUUUUGGAUUUAAACUUCCCUCGGCAAACAGUUUUCUGUAAAAACCCGCGGCAUGCGACGCAUUCGUGAUCGUCAUGUAAUACUUGAGCAGUAUCGGAGUGGAGUGAGUUUCGUCACGUAUUCUGCAAUAUAGCCUCAUUGUUAAAAUGUUGUUGUUCUCGGUGCAAAAGGGCGCCUCACGGCAGACGUUUUAUUUCAAACAACUAAACUUACGUUUUCGCGAAUUUUAGAAAGUUUAUCGAUAGAACUUGCACAACUUUCAAUAAACAGAUUGUCGAACUUACGGCUCAAGAGCACAAGGAUUAAGUUCCAUUUUCAAGGACGAGGUCAUUUGUGAUUACUUAUCACGACAUAGAGGAAUAGCAAGUUCCUGAUUUGUGCCUUACUUUCUUAACUUCUCUGUUUUCACUAAACAGAUCAAGUUUUCUUUAUCAACUCGUUUUCAUCUCAUCUCAGUUGGAAUCAGGACAACCAUACAUUUUUUCAGCUUUGGGAAAGAGCAAUUUGCUCAAAGUUUUUGAACUCUGCUAGCGAGCAAGAAUCUGAUCUACCGCUACAAUUUAUCUGAACUUGUUUACGAUUGAGAAUAAAUCGCUUGCAUUGAAAUGUGUGCAGCAACAUAAAAGAUUAAACAAGAAUGUCGCCGCGAAUGGGAUUUGUUCAUGAUGACACUGGGAAAAUAUUCGUCUUGAAACUAAAUAUUGGGCCACAAUUUUCGAAUUCCGCAAACAUUUUUGUUCUCUAGCCAAGAGACAUUCACUUGAUGAGUGAGUUUAGCCCUCCUAGCGUCUGAAGAGCGAUAGAGGCAUAGAAACAUUUUAGUUUAAGAUCGCGAGAUUUAUUUCGUAUUAAAAAAUCGACGAAGGUAACGAACAUACUCACGCACGCAAAAGGCCACUCCAAAAAUAUGUAUGAUGCAAGGAUAUUUUUUUGAAUCAUUUGCAUUUGUUUUGCUUGACUCCACCAUGCGCUCAGUAUUUUGGCUGAUAAUUAUGAAAGUUGGGAUAUAAUGAUCUGUCACAAACUUCGAUAACUUUCUGUUUAGAAGCAUUUCAAACUUGGCAUGUUAGUGGCUUCCCCUACGACUAAAAUACACUAGAUUACUGAUCAUUCCGUGGGUUCAGCGAACAGUCUAACACAGAAGCUUAUAUAACUAAAAACAUAAUCAAACGAAACAUUUAGCUCAUUCUAAGGCGAAAAACACGAGACCUGACACCUGACGAAUAAGAACUGGUUGGGAACUAAGUGAGAAAGAAAAAGCGAAAGAGCAAUAAAAACACCAUCUUUUUCAAGAUUCCAUCAGUUGGAUAAAAAUUAGCAGUUAAAAAAGGAAAGAUAGCAAAUUGAGUACAUAUUAUUUUUGUUUACUAUUAUUCAGCAUACUCUACGUGCGAAUGCAUAUUUAGAUAAUUCAACACAAAAAGGAAUUGUAAACAUGACGUUUCCUGACUAUUGUUUUGGUUGAAAGGAAACUUUUAACCUGUCUGUUUUCUCCUUUUCCUCUACUAUCAUUUAUCCGCACUGUAGUUUGUGUUAAAUCUACCUUAAGUAAGUGGUGACAUUCUCUUGAGCAUCUAUUUGUAAAGCUAUUUUAGCAGCGAAAUUUGAAUUGACUCCUUUCAGCUCUGAAAUCCUUUGACAGCUACGUAGCUACAUCUACGGGAAUUCAAGAUUUUAUCAUUUGAAAUGACAAACUAAAUUGUCAUACAAAUUCUUUCCAGAGGAAAGAAAGGACUAAAAAAUAAAUUUCUUGAUUAACAUUUACCACUGAAAUUUUUAUGGACAGUAACAUACAACACCUUCAACAUAAAUUGUGUAUAAUUUUUUAAUGUGAAUUGCGCUUCAUUAAACUCUUUCAGACUUAAAAUACGGUAAAUAUAAACAGUUUUGAUCGCUGAAUGGAAUUUGCUAGUCGAACUACACCGAAAAAACCUAGAGUGACUAGAAUAUUAAAAAGAAAAAAGCAAACCAUGAAACAAAACAUUUGUUUUCAACUACAAAAAUAUAUUCAAGGAUAUGAAAAUCGGAAACUAAAAGUAAUUCAGAAUUAUAUCAAAUUCAAAAUGUAUUAGAAACUGCAAAAGAAAUCACAUAAUGUGUGAGGUAGCUGCAUUUUGGUUGAACCGCAACAUGUGUGAAGCUCACAACAACUCAAAUUUCACUCACGAGAUAAAGAGGAAAUGUUUAAUUCGUCGUUGAACAAAAAUGAGAAACUUAAGCACUAGUUUAGUUUUAAGCAUGUUACCACUUUGCCUUGUUUUUAACUUACAAGAUACAGGUGAAUCAAAAAGGUUUUCUGAGAAGAAGAAUAAUAUGUAUUUGCUAAUUGUACACAGUCAAAUGCAACGUUUUUUCGCCAUGGUCGAUCCCUAAGGCUGACUCCAAAUUCAAAUUACAUUUGCCUCAAUAUUUCAGCCAUAGGCUUUGACCAGUUGAAACAGACUGUUGGAAGGGGGGAGAGGGGUUAGACUUUGCCUGCUACCAUCAGUGUAAUACUGACUAAUACAAGUUUGUCUGUUUGCUAAACUUCAGGUUCUAAACAGACGCCCUUGAAAUUAGUUUCGGCAAACACAGAGCUACACAUCAUUAUCAUCACCAUCGUUCGAUACACAGCUAGAAGCAAUUGUGAAGUGCACUAAACAACACAAAUAGAAAUAAAGUCACUGUUAUUGUUUCCAUUUUUCUCCUCUUGCUUGUAAUGGAGAUGAAAUGGCCCAGUGUGACUUUGAUCCAGAAUGAUAAGUUUGAGUUUGAGCUCUAUCCAGGUCACUGUGUUGUGGUCUGUUCAAAGAGGGAGUUAUGAGGGGCUUCUGGGUCAUGAGCAUUUUAACCCCUUACACCCUAACGUCAGUAAGCACAUUCUCCAUGCGGUUUUCCAUAAAUUUCAUAAGAUGCUGACAAGGAGAAUUUGUUUAACAAUCAAGAGCCUCUUUAGCUGGUAGUCAUUUCUUUUAUUUUCGAGACCUGAACACAUGAUUCUGGGGAAAACUGUAAGGAUAAAUGAAAUGCCAGUCACUCUUAGAGGUCAAAGGGUUAAAACUUUCUUUCACUUUUGCACCUCACAGAUGGAACAGUGACGUUACCCGUGAAAACUUUCAAAGUGCAACAAGGAAGAGACUUCAAAGUAUCAUGUGAGGUGAUAGGAGAAAAGUUUUUGCAUUGGAGAACACCAUCAAAACUAGCUCGACCAGGGGUACCAGCAAUACCAAGUGUUAACAUUAAAGAAGAACAGACCACAGGUCGCAGAAGCAUCAAAGUGUCUGGAAACACUUACCAGCUAACAAUAAAGGAUGUUUCUGUGCAAGAUGGAGGGGAUUAUGUCUGUCAAGGAUCAGCUGGUUCAGCAGUCUUUACCCUUGAAGUUGACUGUGAGUAAUUACUUAUAAGUUCAUGUAACAUCUGAUGGUGCGUUAUCAAAUACUGUUCUCUAUACAUUUCCUUAGUGCUGGUAAGGAGAAUUUGUUUAACAACCACGACCUCCUUUUGUUGAUGAUCAUUUCUCUAUUCUUGUGACCUAAAUGUUUGAUUCAGGGGCAAUAAUAUUAAGAGAAUUGGAUGCUGGUCACUCUCAAAGGGUUAACGGGAAAUGCACCACAGUUGUUGGGUCAAGCAAUGUUGGGAAAUCUUUCCAUUCACAAAAUGGUCAUAGAUGUGCAUGUAUGUAAGAUGUUGCAGCAUUAUUUGGUUUAAACUGUAUGAAAACUCUAAAAAGUCCUACACCUAUAUGCAAAACUUGAGAAAAAUAAAUGGGAUCUCUCUCAAGUCAACCUGAGAACCCUUAGGCACUACAUUAUUUAAUCUUUACGACAGUGGUCAUUCACAAUUAAAUCUAUAAAACCUUCCUUGUUUGUACUGAAUGUGAUUAAUUACAAUUUCUUUAUCAAUUUCAAAAAUUUUGAGGCAUGAAUUAAUCAAAUUAUACAGGACUACCUAAAGUACAAUAACCUGAAUGAUGCGUGUGCACUCUUACAAGAACUCACAGAACACCAAUGUUAGCCACAGCAUUUGACCCACCAAAGUAAAAAAUGUGGCUGGAAAAAAUUGGAAAAAUUGAGCUCCUUUAAAUAUUGUAUAUACUGUUGGCCCAGAAUUGAUAAAUCUUUAAUCCAACCCACUACAUGCAAGUGUUGUGCUAGGUCUUCUAAGGCAUCAAGAGGGUAGUUCACAAUGCCAGAGCUUAUCCUAAAACUAUUGACAUGAAGUACCUAGGUGUAUGGCUGUCUCUCUCAACUGAAAAGCUAGUCCAUCACAUAAAACCUCCAGCACCUGGCUAAUUUUUCUGACAGUUUGCUGGUACCUCUACUGAUUGAUAAUUUCCGGGUGAAUAGAAGCAUCCCGUAUCUUUCCCAAGAACCAAAGCCACUGACCAAGUGAUCAGAUGCUUGGACUCCGAUAUGUACCACAAAAACCUGUUCACUUGGCCAUCAUACCCUCAAUUAGGUACUAGACAAAAGCUUGUUUAAAUCAAACUGCUUUAGGUACCAAAACUAAAACAACAAGUUGAAAUACAAUCUUUUCUUUUAACAGUUGAGAUAGGAGGGGUCCAAAAAAAACAGACCCUUAAAAUUGGUGAAAAAGGGACCAUAGUGCUAGAUGUACCUGCUUUCCCUUCACCUACCUAUGAAUGGGUUAAGGAUGAACAGGAGUUGACCUUCCCUGACCCAAGUGGAAGAAGAUCCCUGGAUAGCUACACAGGAUCAAUAGUCAUCACACCAGUUCAGAAAAGCGAUGAAGGAAACUAUUCUUGCACAGUGACCCUUGGAACAGGAGACACAGCUCACAUUGAAGUGACAGUUGUUGGUACGUCCCUUUGAAUUAAAUAACAAAUUUAAUGGAAUCCUAACUUGUACAUCUGUUGACAACAAUAUGUAAAAAAAUAAAUAAAUAAAUAAUAAUAAUAAUAAUAAUAAGCAUUUCCGAGCAUACAUCAUUACAAUAUCAUUUUUAUAUUGUCAAAAAAGUAAAAAAUAAAAACUUGUUCAGAUGAUAUACAAAAAGAAAUAGUUUUAAUAUUCAGCAGAAAUAAAUGAAAAAUAACUGUGUAUCAAAUAGGUUGGUACAUGUAUGGAUAAAAAGAUUCCUGGUUAUUGUAAUUUCUAAAAGUAUUUUAACUACUUGAGUAAUUGUUUCAAAAAGAGUUUGAUGUAAAUGGUAUCUUUCUGAGUGUUUUGUUUGGAUUCAAACCUAAAGAUCUACAUUUCAAAGAUCACCUGCUCAAACUUUCACAGAAACUUUAUCAGAAUUUAAAAAUGUUUAGGUCAUUUUUCAAAUGUUUGCAAACAGCUGAAGAUCUCUUUUCAGCAAAUUUAUAGAAGUUGGCUCCUCUCCCCAUGCCUUAGCUUUGACACCAAAUCUUCAACUCUCAGAAACGUGAUAUUGAAGUACAUGAUGAUCUUGUCUCUGAAGUCCUUCAACCAUUUUCUGACAGCAUCUUUAGAUUUCCAAUCAUUUGUCGGCAAUAAAAUGCAGACAGUUUUGUUCCCUGAUAUGGAAGUCACCUUACAUAACAUUAAUACUACACUGUGAUUAUUUUCUUUUCAGAAAUGCCAAAAAUCAAUAAGGCCAAAGGGAAUCCUGUAUCACGAAGAUUAACACAAGGUUUUAAUGCAACGUUCCUAUGUGAUGUUGAGUCUGGCUAUCCCAAGCCAAACAUUGAGUGGUGGUUUGAGUGGUCAGGUAAGGUAAAACAAGUGGAGGUGAUACACUAUCCACGAUACACACAUCCAACUCCUAAUGCAUGGACAAUAACAAAUAUCCAGCUGGAGGAUGUAGGAAAAUACAGAUGCAUAGCAACAAAUGAAGCUGGGGAAGAUGUUCAGCUGUUUGAGAUCACUAGUGUUGAUGGUAAGUUGGUUAGCUUUAAGUUAUCCCAAGUAAAUAAAACAAGUACACAUGACACACAGUUAAUACUAGGUAGCAGAUAAAUGUUGAAUACCAAGGGAAACACUUUGGCCUAGUGUGCUUUAAAUGCUGGACUAAAAGGUCUCAAUUUGAGCUCCAGUGGCCCAUCAUCAACCCAUGUGUUGUAUCCUUGGGUAAGAAUUGACUAAAGUGGAUGUCUCUAAUCAAAGACAAGGCUUGGCAAUGAGUAUUUGUAAGUUUAAAUUGAAAAGGUUGACAACGUGAGGGGUUUCUAAAGCUGUUAAAAGAAGUGGCUGCUGACAGUGGAAUAAGCAGAUGUUACCACAAAAAAGGCCGUUCCUGGUAAAAAUACCUAUGAAUGUUACCAACAACUCACAUAAAGCCUUGUAAAUAGUAGUGGCUCACUGCUAAGUGGCUUUCACUGAAAGACUAAGCCAGGCAACUCAUGUUAACAUCUGUACCAACAAGUAAUCUAUUUACCUUUUCAGUUCCACCGACAAUUGAUCCAAUGGAUGAUAUCAUAGCCAAUGAGGGCAACAAAGUUGAGUUGACCUGUUCAGUAACAGGUACUCCAAAACCUACAGUGGAAUGGUACUACCUUGGAAGUUACUACUUCGACCAAACGGUAAUGUAUUUGAUAUCAUUACAAUUCAUUUGAAUUCUCUGUUCUGUGAAACUCAUAAUGAACACCUGCACAUUCACCCUUUUGUUUCCAGAAAUUAACCAGCAGCCACCGUUUUUUGGGAAGUGAGCCUUCUUUACCUUGUCCCCCCCCCCCAAAAAAAAAAAAAAAAGAUUUCAACCCAUAUAGUUUGAUUCAAAAUAAAAUAAAAAUUCCCUGACCUGACUUGUCACUGGCCCUUUUGUCCUGCUAUCAGACUUAACUUAACUUAACCUUGGGUACAAGUGGAGGGGGAGAAGUGGAAGGGUAAGUCCUAGUUGUGCGAACCCUCUUCCCUGUCAGCUGACAUUUUCCCCUUUUACCCUCCAUUGACUAUGAUCACACUAAAGAUUUCUUUGCAAGUGUUUUAAGAAUUCUAACUUUAAAAGUUAACUGGUCUUUUGCCUUGGCUUUUCCUUGACUGUGGUAAUGGUCUAUACACAUUUGAAAAAUUAUAUGGUAGUAUUAUGCUUCACCUGUCGGGCUUGGCUCAUUCUUUCAGGUUUUAGAGGAUGAUCAAAGCAACAAAAUCACUGCAAAAAUAGUAUUUACAACAGUGAAAGUUCAAAACUCUGGAAAGUAUACGUGCAUAGCAAGAAAUGGUGCCCGCAACUUGACUUCCGAUACCGUUAUUGAGGAAAAGAAAAUGAUUGAACUACUUGUAAGAUGUAAGUUGUCUGAUGCACAGACCUUGCCUAAUUUUUUCACAGUAGAACAUACAAACUCAAGGUGGAUUUUGUAUUAGCAGCAUUUUCUGACUGAGCUAAAGUGAACUCACUAUCAUCAUGUUCCAAAGACAACUCACAAACCAUAAAAAAGGGCUCCAUUCAUCAAAAUUUAGCCACAGCUCUUCAAAGCAAUUAGAAACUCUUCGAUCUCCAAAACACAAUGCAAUUGCACUGCUUCCAAAAGGGAUUACAAUACAUCCCAGUUGAUAAUUUCUUAGUUCCCACAAUCAGUAAACAUGAUGAUGUAUUAAACCAUGUAUAGGAAAGAAUAUCUUGUGAUCAGUUUGUUAGAAGUUUUUAAACUUACCAGAAUCAUUUUAUAGUCAUGUCUUCCUUGAAUUGAUGAGUUGGAUUUAUCAUUCAUAAAACAAUUUGCAACGUUUUUCUUUAUUCCAUUCAGCAAUGCCAAAAAUCAACUCACUUGAGUCACCUUCUCCAGUUUACUCUUUUGUGGGACGCAGGAUUCCUGUGUCAGUCACGUGUAAUUUCUAUGGAUAUCCAGUUCCGACAGUGAAAAUGUUUUCUGAAAAUGGCACAGAGAUUGCACAUGGAAACCAGUCAGUGUCAAUUAACAUCACUACUUUAUCUGAGGAUGAUUUUGGUGUUUUCAACUGCACUGCAGAGAAUGCUGAAGGAACAGCAGACUAUAUGGUGGAGUUGAAACAAGCAGGUAUACAAAAAAAGAUUACAUGACCACUCAACUUCCUUAUAUAACAGGGCAGUCAGGGAAAGAAUGAAAUUGUUGACACUUCCGUGGAUAUCAUAUGAUAAACUUCUUGCUACCAAGUUUUGAAACUUUUUACCAAAUCUAUGCCAGUAACAAAUAUCUCAAAGGGCAAUAUCGUGAUGUAGAAGCUACCAAAAAUGAUUAUUCAAAAAUACAGAUUUCGGCAUGUUAAACACAUACUACAUCUAAGCAAGAGGCUCCAUUCCUCAUGUUUAGAUUGUCUAAACUAAUCAUGAUGUAUUGCAAACACUUUACUGUGUUUAAGGUUUCCAUAACUGCCUUGCAUUCUCCCAAUUCACCUUGUUUUUAGAUAAGGCUAUGUGAACACAGAAAAACUCCUCUAUGGCUCCCAUGAAUUGUUCUUUUACACAAACUGUAGUGUCAAAACUGUGCUCGCCGCUCAUUUAAAUACUCCGUUUGACUAACAAGAGCACUUGUUCAAUACUGAUAAUCCUAUGAAGUGUUAAUCCUUUUCAAAAGGUAGUGAGAACAUUGGAAGUCUUAUAGAGUCAUAAACAUAACCCACCAUCAAAAAAAAAAAUAUUUAAAUCUGCAACUGAGCACUACACCCUUCAAAAUUCGUAAGUAUCAGUGAUUAAAGGUUACAUGUACCAUUUUUUUUCACCAAAAUUUUUGGUAUUAGUUCCACCUGGCCCACCUCAAGAUGUCCAGGCAGAGAAAACUUGCAACAGCAUCACUCUUAUGUGGAAGCAACCAUUGGACAAUGGUGGCAUGCCUAUCACCCAUUAUGUCAUAACAAUAUUGUCAAAUGACAGUGCAUUCCUGAGCAAAAAUGUUGACUGGCCUGCAAAGAUGCACAAGAUCGAUUAUGAGUUUACAGCAGAAACUACUUAUGAAGUGAGGAUAAAAGCACGCAGUGAGCCAGGAACAGGACAGGAGGUGAAACUUUCUGUCAGAACCGACAAAUUCUGUGAGUACAGUAACUGUAAAAAGGCUUACAGGGCUGUAUAGUAGCAAAGGUUGCAACUUAUACCUAUCAACAUAUAUUGAUAACGGUGAAUUGAACAGUUUACACCUGAAUCAUAGGAAGUGCGUUUAACACAGAAGGUGGGAUAAUUCUAAAAUUAUCAGCACUAAUUGACACUACCACCAGUGCCUUUGUUUGGAAGCCUAGUAUAUCAACUCCACCUGCGCUCCAUUAAAUUGCUAUGAUGGUGGCUUACUACCUGAUGCCUAUUUACACCUCAUGAGAAAAAAGGGCAGCUAAUUAUUACGCAUAUAAAAAGGACCUCUUGUUGCAGCGGUUAGAUCACCCCUGAUGAAGGCACUAGACAGGAGUAGCAAAACAUUGGGUCCAUGAAUUUUAACUUCUUGGUUACAAUCAUUAAGUCUUUAAACCAGAGUAGCAUCAAGCCAUGUCUGAUUGUCCACCUGGUUGCAUUGUAUGUUACAUAAUUUCAAAUUAACUUGCUGCCAGCCUAUAGCUCUUGGAGUCAAUUACAUGUUCUGUUUAGCUAACUUGUGUCUCACUACGCAUUUGGCUUUCUAGCCUGCAUCCCCAAGCAUGUUUAAAGUAAGGCUAAAACCAUUCAGCAAAGAUAUAAAAGGGGUGACCUCUGUGAUUACCAACUGAUCUGCUGUUGGUCUCUUGAGCUUAACAAUAGAGAAAAGGUUUCUUUUUUACAAAUUCAUCUGCAGCUGUGUGAGCAUGGCUUGAAUCUAAGUAAUUGGAAAUGCCUUUUGAGUAUUCAAGGUAAUCAAACCAUUUUAUACCCAGUCAAUUUAAUUGCUUUGUGGGACAAGAACAUCAAAUGUUUAAUGAAAUGUUGACAAUAACGAUGAACUUAGAACACUUGAAAGAUUUGCUGUUUAGUGUUAAAAAAAUUAAGCGAAGCUGAGCACAACACUGCAUACUAAGACAAUCAACUUAAAUACAUAGGUGUGCCUGGAAAACCCACCAUCACCAACACAGAAAUGAAUGUUGAUGUAGACUUCAUUGUAACCUGGGAAGGGCCAAAGGACGAUGGUGGUGAUCCAAACUUGAAAUACAGUCUGGAAUGGCGCAAGAAACCCAUAAAUGCCAACACAGAAGUGAGUAAAGAAGAGAACAUCCAAGAAACUCAAUUCAAGAUUACUGGUCUUGACUAUGGGUCAGAGUAUGAGGUAAAACUCUUUGCAGUCAACGAAGCAGGUGAUAGUGAGGCAGAUACCAAGGAUUUCAAAACAACACAAGAACCAGGUAAGUCAUAUUCACAACUUCACCUGAGGUACUCCUAUCUGUCUUUAAUAUGUAUAACAAAGCAAAAUAUUUUUUUUCCUGAUUAAAAUGAACCACAGGAUUCACUUCUCAUGAGCAAUUUUGAAGGGCUUAAAAAUAAGUGGAAAAUUUGGAAACAUUUCAGUUCAAAAAAUAUGUAAGCAAUGAUAGGUACAAUUAAAACAUUUAACUAUAGCUUGGAUCAAAAAUACAAGGCAGUGCUCUGUGUGCUAUCAGAAGAGUGAAGUCAUCACAUCCAUCUCAGAUUUGAUGACUUUCUACGGCAUUCUGAUAUAGAGCAAUUACUGACAGAGUAUAUGUAUCUAUACUGUGCAAUUUGAUCAAAGGCCAGGUAAAUUAAAUAUCAACCAGAGUAAACCUCUACCUAGAUGAAAAAAAGUUAGAAAAUUUACCAUUUGGGUACCAAUUUAACUUUCAAAAAGCCUUAUUUUUCUGAAAUCACAUUUGAAAAGAUAUGAUGAAAGAAUAAUAAUCAAAUAGGAGGAAAAUUCACUAUAAAAGAAAAGUUCUCUACCUAGCAUACAGUCAACACAAAAAAAUUAGCGUAAACAAUCAUACUGUGGUCAAGUAUAUGUUAAAUGGCUGAUCCAUCUGAUUCCAGGCAACACAUCAAGAGCACAUGAUAAUUUGAUUUCAGCAACUGAGUUGAUAUGUAAAUUGGCCUUUGUAAAGAGUUUCUAAAGCUAAUGUUUUGAGUAUCAUAGCCCUUCAUCAGGUCAAGAGCACAGCCUUGUAAAAGCAGUCUCAAUUAUCAGUUAUCAAUUUAUAUACUACAGAGUUCACACAUUUAGCAAAAUUAUCUCACUAACCUAGUACUUAUUAAAAAAUAUCUUCAUACCAUUAAUGCGAGAUUUCUUGCUAAUUUAUUUUUAAUUACGUCAUAACUAUUGCCCUUAUCACGCACUGUUUUGUUUCAUUUACUAACACACUUUAUAAUUUUGUUACUCACAAUUACUCGUAUUUAAACUGACGUACAUUUAACACUUUUCUUCUUGGGCACAAACAGCCAUCAAUAAAUCCAGAAUAUGUGUGAAUAACACACUAAAUAAAAUGAUAAAUGUGGAUAUUCUUAGAACAACCACCUACCAACUUCUUAACAUGAUUCUAUCUAAUUAACCCAGCUUCUGAAAUACAUAGAUCCACGAUACUCUUUCACAAAAUUAAUGCACUUUUAAGUUUAAUUUGAAUUAUAGUUAAAAUUGUAUUUCCAAUUAAAUACAUUAUAAACACAAUAUAAACCUGUUUUAUUUUUUGAACUUUUAUAAUUCAGCAAGCACCACAAGUUCCACACAAUGUAAGUGCACCCACAUAUUUUGUUGUUAUUAUUAUUAUUAUUAUUAUUAUAUAUAUAAACAUAUUAUAUAUUAUUUUCUUUCAGUUGGCUAAAAAUAAAACGGUAUUUAAUAAGCUCCUUAGAAUUUAAAGGUACUUAAAAGAAGGUUUUAAUGUCACUUGUUUCCAAUAAGACUGGGAUUCACCUUUCAUAUCGUCUAACCCUUUAACUCCCAAGAGUGACAACUAUCUUGUUUCUCCUCACAAAACACCCCUGAAUCACACAUUAUUAAAGAAAAUGAUUGCAAACUCAAGACACUCUUAAUUGUUAGCCAAAUCCUCCUUGUAAUUACCAUGGGUAAUGCACAGAAACAGUUGGGAGAGUUUGCAUUCCAAUGUUUGGAACCUAGUAAACAUUUUGUUCAGACAGAAAUUUCAAGUUAGUAAGCAGAUAUUUUAAGCCACAGCCAUUCCAUUUUAAAGAAUUAGAUGUUUUUUUACCAUAUUUUUCUGAGUUCUAACUCAUUAUCUUAAUCACUACCAGGUAUUUGUUGAUAAUAAUAAUGGUGAAGCAAAUUUUUUUUAAUUAAAAGACUUCCCUAUGGCAUAAAUAAAUUCUAAAAAUUGUAAUUAUCAACUGGAGGUAUUUUAGAUAAAAUAUAUAAAAAAUAACAAAUAAAUAUAAGCAUUGCUUUUUUGAUAUUGGAUAAAUGGAUAAAUAAUGAUUCUGGCAGAAUUUAUUUUACACUAAGUAAUAAAUUCUUUUAAAAAUAAUUAAAUCACAGGUCAGAUCGCCCAAGAUAAAUUAAAACUGUAGGAUAAUCUAAUACAACUACUUUGUGUUCAGCUGCAAUGUAACCACAAGUUCAAAGCUGUCUGUCUGAUUCUCUAUUUGUUAACUCUCCUUAUUCAUUAGAGCUGCAUGCUCUAAGAGUCCAUGAAUUAUGUGCAGUUUUUUCUUUGAAAUACUUCAAUGUGACUUUUAAAUCCACAAUUCCUUUAAUUAUUUCUCUUUACCAACAAAAGCAUCCCUUGUUAUUCUAUAUUUUUGAGCUGAGUGCUGUUGUUAAGCAGGUUUUAUCUUUGACCCUUUAACUCCCAAGAUCUGAUCAUUAAUUCUCCCCUCUAGCAGCUACACAUUUCCUUGUAAAUUAGUCAUAAGAACUUGGUGCUAGAUCAAGAUGGCAGCUUCUACCUGAUAGUUUGAAUGUUCUCAUUACCUGUUUGCUGAAUAAUGUAUGGAUAUUGUAGGGAGAAGAUUUAAGUUAAUCACUUCUGGGGGUUAAAUGGUUAAGUAACUCCCAAUUAAGUGCUAAUUUCUCCUAUGAGGUCCAUAUGGGGUGGGGUGAUUUGGAGGUUGACAAGCAAUAGAAAUUGCCUUUCUGUUUUGAAUGUAUCAAAGUUAUUACAGAUUGGGUGUGGUAGUAGGUUGAGUGGUUUUAUUAAAAAAUCAAGAGGUUUCACAACAACAUGCCAAAUGUACAUCAAGAUUCUUUGGUCUGUGUUUUGGUUCAAUCAAGUUUGUUUUUGGUCAUUUUUCUUUCCUUGAGAAGAGGUCUUUGCUUUGUGCACACUGGCUCUCAACCUUAAAGAUUGUACUUGACAUUUCCAGAAAAAACAUAUACCAAAAAAGUUUAGGUCUACACUCUAAUUCAUUUGUACUAACUUGAUGGCUUGAUUGUCCCUUGUAGCUAAUGUGCAAUCCUUUCACACUGGAUCCCCCACAUUCUCCUAUCGCACGGGAUCCCCCACUUCAAGCCCACUCACAUCAGAAAACAAACAAACCGUGACCACAUGUAAGUGGAGUCUCUUAUUUGAAUCAUGAUUCAGGUCCAUAAUCUGUUCAAGAACAGAUUCAGAUACAAAGUCUGUUCAAGUCUCAUCUAAGCUUGGUUCACUUUCCUGACUUAAAACUUCUCAUGGUGGUAUUUUUCUUGUGUUGCUGUAGAGUAUCUUUGUCUUGGUGUGGGUGUCUAGGUGCUCGGAGUGACUUCAUUGUCUUUGUGUUUUGGUUUGCAAGAGAGAAAUGUUGGUGGUACUUGUUUUUGAAAAUACAUCUUUCCCAUCAUUUAAGUAUUUGCUUCUGUUUAAUACACAACGAAUUGAAUUGGUUUUUAUUUCUUGUGUUGCUGUAGUGUAUCUUUGUCUUGCUGUUGGUGUCUAGGUGUUCAGAGUGAUUUCAUUGUCUUUGUGUUAGGUUUGCAAGAGAGAAAUUUUGGUGGUACUUGUUCUUUGAAAGUACAUCUUUACAAUCAUUCAUUUUUAUACUCCUAUUUAAUACAGAACAACUGAAAUGAAUAAAAUUUUUAGGUUUAGGUAUAAAAAAUUUAUUACCAUAAGUGGUAUGUGCAUUUUGAAAGAGUCUUUUCCAGUGUCUGUCCUAGAAUUGAUUUCAUGAGAAUGGGCAGACAGCUGAAUGUUUUAAGUACUGCAUUUAUAAUUGCUAAAAUCAAAGAAACAAGCUUAGUUUUAAGUCUUAAAGAUAAAGCAGCCAUAAAUUGCAUUUAUUCAGAUGGAAAAUAUUAAUUAAACGAUGAAAGUCAUAUCCAUCCUCAAAAUAAGUUUUUUAUAAAAACUAUGACUUCUAUUGACUCAUCAAUUUAAGUCCAAGCAUUGCUUACUUAAAAAUAACACCAAAAGUCAAACAUAACAUAACUUCUAAAGUAAAAUUAGUUACAUGUUCUCCAUAGUCUCAUUUUCUCUGUGCCACUUUCACUAAUUGUUUCACCAGAAUGUGUUUUUUUAGGUUCUCUCUCCACUAUUUUCUUGAAUUCAGAUCACCAUGCCUUUUUAUUUUGUUUUUUUCUUAAAUUACCACUCGUCAAUUUUGUGCUCAAAGGAAGAGCUGAGCUUAAAUAACAUCAUAAUAAUAAUCUACUAACACAGCUCCAAAUCUAAACCAGUAAUUCAUAUCAAAUUUCAUUUAUUAUUCAGAAUCAUCUGUAAUUUUGUAAGGUAAAAUUCACAAACAUUAAUUUCCAAGAGUCACAAUGAAUUACUUACUUUAUCCAUUACAGUCAUCGAUUGGUAUAAAUAACUUGGAAUCACAGCUAAUUUCGUAAAAGGAAAAAUCAUCAACCAUUUCCUUUUUACUUCAAUGUUGCAUUACUUGCUUUUCCAUACAAAUUUCUAUAUCAACCUCAAGGUUAAAAUAUUGAAAAUUCCUAUGAAAUGUAGCUUUUUUUUCUGUUGAAUAUUUUUCAAUACCCCUCUCCACUAACCUGUUAAGCUUUGUUAUAGCUACUCCAAGUCGUCCUCCUUCUUCUAAAUCACCAUUUACUGAGGUUUCUGAACCAAAAACAACAGCACCUUGUAAGUCUUUGGAUGUUUAAAUCCUUUUUUCAUGCGCGAACAACUGAAACACAUGCGUACUCACAAUUUAUCUUCUCUAGAAACAAUUUUACGCUGCACCUCUUCAGUAUGUUUUACAUCUGACAUACAUGUAUCAGAUAUACAGAGGGGUUCUUAUCUCGCUAAAGAUCAGUGUGCAUAAGUACAAGAAAAACAUGAAGUCAUUUUUAGAUCUGGUAGUUAAAACAGAAACAAUUAUGCAAUUAUUUGCUAACAAGAGCAGAUUUCUACCUUGGCUAAAUUCACUUGAAUACUCUUGUGUUAUUUUCACCUAGGUUAGAAAUAAGAAGAGAACAAAAGACCUCAAUGAUUGAAAGAAAAAAAAAAUGAAAAAGGAUGUCUCAAAAGAAACUAUGCUCUUGUCAGAUGGGAGUGGCACAAUUUGUCCACAGUAAUAGGACAAUGACAAAGUUAACUUGACUUGAAAACCAAAUCUGAAAAAAAAUGUGAUUUGUUGAGUCUCUCCCACUGUGAUGGGUGAAUCCCUUAUUCCACCUUUGUCAAACAUCAUCCAUUCACAAAUGGCAUUCAUGAUUCAUCGUUCAACCUAUCUCGUUUCGCUUCCUUUGAUAUUCUCCACAUGUACACUACCUUUCACCCUGUUACCUUUGUCAUCUUCAGCCAGUAAUCUUGCCAUAACCAAAUAUCAAAUUCUUAAAAAUGGUGAAAGUUGCAUGUCCAGUCUCUGAAUGUUCCUGAUUUCUUUGAAUCCGCUUCUAGCUUCUGUGAAACCAACUGCACUAACUACUCCUGGAGCAAGUAAGUUCAGCUGUGCAAUGAAACAAUUUAAGGGGGGCUUACUGAUCAGAAGGAAACAAAGAUAACUGAUUCACUUAAUGCUACGAAAUUGUUUGGCUUUGUAUUUGCUUUCAAUCUUUAAAUGACCUUUCACAGGGUAGCUAAGAUCUAACACAAAAAUUCUUUAAGGUUUUGAUAAAUUGAACACAAAAUAUAUAUAUAACAAAUUUUAGAAGAAACUUAUGUGGCUAAUUAAAAAUGAAAUGCAAGAGUACCAGAGAGAAAACCAUCAAAAGUUCUAAUCUGCAGACUAAGAAUCAGUGGUUAGUUACUGUUUAUCAAUUGUAACUAUCACCUUUCCUAGGGUAUGUUUCAUGUAUAAAAUAAAGUUAAGUUUACCCUUCAACACACCACUGAUUUUAAGCUAAAUUUAUGAGCCAUAGUUUUUUUCAAACAUUUAUACAAUUCUAUGAUGAUAAUUUGGAUUGUCACGUAUCUGUGUGGAUGACUACAAUGUGGAAGUAUUUCAAGAAUUUCAAAACUUCGUAAGUUAACCCUUCCACUCCCAAGAUCUAAUUAGUAAUUCUCCUUACUAUCUGCCAUACAAUUCUUAUGAUGUUAGUUCAGAGAAUUUGGUAUUGGAUCAACUAAUAAUCCCAUGAUUGAUAUUCUUCUCUAUUCUCAUCACCUGCCUGCUUGAUAUUGUAUUGAUGUUGUAAGGAGAAAGUCUGUCUUGGUCACUUGUGGGAGUGAAAGGGUUAAUGGCCAGUAGGUUCUUUAGCUUCUAAAACAGCCUCUUAAGCUUGAAUUAAACUAAAAUAUAUGUUUAAGUUCAUUUUAAUCACUUGUUUUUGAAAAACAUUCACUUUAAAAUAUCUUAAAAGCUGACAUUAUAGGUUGACAGGAAUAUACUAAUAUUUUGCUAGAUUAAAAAGUUUUAGAAUUUAUUGUUAAAAUAUCAUUUUAAAAAUUGUUGCAAAGCUUUUGUUGGUAAAUUAGUUAUAAGUACCUCCUCUCUCAAGUAAUAAAAGUUUUAUUAGGUACACAGUAGCCAGAAAAGGGUUUCCAAAUACUACAAAACUACCCUAAUACACCACUCAGAGAAAAUUAAUGCUAACAAAAUCUUUUACAGUAAAUAAUAUUCAGCCUUCCUUUUUGCACAAAACAAUAACAUUUUUAUCUACUCACAAUAAAAAUACAAUAUCCUGUAACAUGCUAACCCUAGUGAUAUAAUCAUAGUCACCUUGGAAUAAACACUAACCAUUUGGCUAAUAUUGAAAAAUUUAUUGCAAAAUUGCAAUAUUCAAAUAAUUAAAAGUCUUUGCAUUUUGAAGGGAAAUAGCAUACAAUGAACUAAUCUGAUGCAAUGCAUAUAGAUUGCAUCUAAUCUUCCACUUAAGCAAAGUGAAAAUUUGCAAAAUCAAACCAGCAAAUCUUGGCAUGAAGUCUUGAGCUGGUUUUGAACUAAAUUCUACAUGAUUUUGAGGCAUUUUACAUCAAUGCGACUUGUAUUUGCAGCUUAUUAUUUUGGUGGUGAAGAAGACAUCUUUAUGUGAGCCUGAGUGCAUCAUCCACCCGCACAAGAAGUACUCAGCAUGUUUGUCAGUACCAUCUGCAAUUUUAAGAAAAUCUCCAUAGUCUCUUCAAAACGCAGAUGUCUUCUUAAAAUGGAAUCAUCAUUAGCUGCUUUCUUCAGUAUUUCAAUUUCCAUCGCUGUGUUAAUUUUUCAAGAAAAUGAGGGGUUUUUCUUGUAAGCAACUGUUCCUUGACAUUUUCCAAGAGAUCUCCCGAAAUGAAUCCAUUAUUCUAGGGAACCCACUAGCAUUGCAAGAUUAAUGAGCAUUCAAAAUUUAUACGAGAAUCAAAAUGAAACAAAAGGCAGAAUUUUACUCAAGCUUCUCGAAGUUAAAUAGGGAUUGGCAAACCUAACAUCAUACUAAAAAAACCUUCUAACCACACUUUGUAACAAACCAAACCUUACGACAAAACUGACCGAAUAUUGUGGCAGAAGAAUUAUUGGAAGUUUAGGAAAAAAUUUAUCAGAACAACUGACUGUUUAAAAGUUAGGAUUUCGCGUAUUCAGGUAUUGAGAAACCCUUCAAGGCCACUGGGUAUCUUUACAACAGUAUGCAUAAUUAAGUACGUCUUAAAAUGAUUUAUGAAUGUGCAUGUCACAAAGUUUAAUUUCGAAAUCGACUUCUUGACUUUUCGUAUCAAAAUUUAAAUAUUUUGUUUCCUUGUCGCAAUUUUCCCAAACACCCAAAACCCUCUGGGUUACUGCAUAUAGUUCGCUGUAGUAUACUCUAACUUAUCCAACAACAGCCAUGGGCCCAGACGACACGAAAACAUCAUCAUCUUACCUCAACAUUAGGAAAUUUUCAGAUUCCGCCAUUAUGAAAUUCCCAGAAUGCAGUUCUAUCAGCAAUCGACCCGGGGAGGGGUGAGGAAUUAUUCGCUAAAUUGAAGAAGAUAAUCCCACGAAGGAACUCGGUUUUAUAAAAUUUUUCAUCGCCUUUUUGUUUAUUUCGACGGGGCUUGGACUUAGUAACAUACUAACCUCAACGAUUUUCUACUAACGAAGAGUUCAGUAUGGUUAACAUGCACGGAGUGAGCAUGCUGUGGUCUCACAAUAGUGGUUAUGCUGUGGCUGUUCAAGAGAGAGUCAGCUUUUUUUUUUGAACGGAAAAGAAAUAUUUUUUUGGUUCAUUUUCUUUUACUGUAGUGGAUCCCAAAGUAGGAGCUCGUACUCAGGAAGGCCUUGGAUCGGGUGCUAUCGCCGGCAUAGUGGUGGCUGUCAUACUCAUUGUCCUGAUCACUAUCGAUCUGUUCUGUUGCUUCUUCAAUUCCUGCGGGAUCAUCUUUUGUUGUCACCAGGCCUUCUGCGGAGGCGGCGGCAGCGAUAAAGGUGUCAAGCCUGGCAAGGACGACUGUAAGUAUUAACAGGACAGUUCUAUAAAGUAAAUAUGAUUGGGUGUCCAACCGUUAAAGCAAAUAUGUUACCAUUUUUUUUUGGUCAAAAUAGCGUCACAGAAAUUCUUUUUUUCCCUUGAUAUAAUCGUAAACUGAGGAAGCAGCAAUGAUGGUAAAAUAGGGGAAAAGAACACCAAAAUGGAAUGAAAAGACCAAAAAGAAGCAAGGAUAGCGACGAACAACAAAUGUUCUCGUGGAUUGCAAAUAAAAAUUUGUGAGAAAUUUUUUUUCCAAAAUGAGCCAAACGUGGGAUAACUAUUUCAAGUAAACCUGGAAAUUAACUUAGAGCAAUUUCUGCAAGUCUCCCUCCCUUCCUAUGCUUGAGCCAUUGAUGUGUCCCUAGUUUCCUUUAUAUUCGUCACUUGGAUUCGUCACGUAACGCCUACACUUCCCCACUCAAAGAACACGUUACGUGACAAGACACGUUACGUAACAAGUCCCUCUUCCUCAAGUCACGACAUCAUCAUUCUUUCAGCUUUUUUACAAAUGCUGCAUUAACACAGCAGGUCAACGGCAACUUAACCAAAAGCAAGUCAAAGCCAAAAUUUUUAUAUUUACUAGAACUGAUAAUAAGAAUAAAGAAUGUAUUCUCCUUUUUGUCUCAUGAACAGAUAAAGAUGGAAAAGCCACCGAAAUGGAAAAGUGAGUACUAUCUUUCCUAUAUUUUGAAUUUUAUUCAGGAUUUGAGCAUUCAGCCAUUACAAUUUGUGAAUUAUGUUGUGUUUCUAAAUCAUUUUCUCUACCGUUUCAGGACGCCAUUACCGGAAAGUGUGUAGCUACUGAGCCAGCGUUAAGUUGAUACAGCGGUAAUCAUCGGCACGGUCACGGGGACACCGGCGAAAACUUUUACUUUUCAAGUUCAAUCGCUUUGUUACUUCAAUAAAAAGUUAAUUAGUGACAAUAAUAGACGAUGAAAGACAUCGUUGAGAACAUUUUUAUGAAGAGUAUUUGUGGUUAACCAUUUUGAUGUUAUUAUAUUUUGCUGCUUACACAGCUAUGAUUUUGCCGCUGCAUGUGAAUUAUUUUUACUUUGGUAAAUUAUUUCUGUAUGUUGUA